AUGCUGAGGAGGAAAUUGCUUUUGGUUUCUUUAUCUUCUUUUGUUAUACUUCUUUUUAUCUUCUUUAUAUCAAUUAAUAUUCGCUUAAACUUUUCGUUAACAACUUCGUUAAACAACACCAUUUUAUUGCAGAGAUCGACCCAAAUAAACGCACAAUUCACCCUCUUAAUAGGGAUCUUUAUACAACCAAAAAAUUUCGAUAGACGUCAUUUCCUUCGUCUUGUAUAUGGAAUUCAAUCCACACCUAUAGCUCGUGUCGACGUGAAGUUCAUUUUCUGUAACAUUACAAAUGCAGAACACCGGACAUUCAUUGCCUUAGAAAUCAUGCGUUUUAAUGACAUUAUCGUCCUCAACUGCUCUGAAAACAUGAAUAGUGGCAAAACUUACACUUACUUUUCUACCCUCCCUCGAAUCCUUCCUACACGUUACGACUACGUCAUGAAGGCGGAUGAUGAUGUGUAUUUGAGGCUAGCACAAUUAGCAAUAUCUCUCCAACCAUUACCUAGAGUUGAUUUAUAUUAUGGUUUUGUUAUACCUUGUCCUAGCAUGAACGCGUUCGUGCAUUACAUGUCUGGAAUGGGGUUUAUUUUAUCAUGGGAUCUGGUGGAAUGGAUUGGAAGAUCGAACAUUCCUGCGAAUAAUACUUAUGGUCCUGAAGAUAAGUUGGUUGGUCAAUGGCUAAAUUUGGGAAAUAAAGCAAAAAAUAGGUUUUCUAACAAACCAAGAAUGUAUGAUUAUCCAGGAACUAAUGGAAGAUGUUCACAUGAGCUAAUCCCAAAUACAAUAGCUGUUCAUAGGCUAAAGAAGUGGGAGCAAUGGAUAGAUGUUCUAAGAUUUUUCAAUGUAACUAAACAACUUCAACCUUCUGAUCUUUAUACUGUAUCAUUUGAUUAA